AUGUUCUGGCAUCAGCAGCGCCUAAAGCGCGUCGUUCACGGGCGGCCGACGCCUGAGGAGCCGCUCUCCGCUUGCUGCCCUGUCUCCACUCCGCAAUCUCCACUCGUCCCUGUGUCCUCCAACGCGGCAGGCCACUUUGCUCAGAAUCCACGUGCGAGUCUGGCGCGUUCUUGUACAUCUUCCGCGCCGCAGACCUCUCUCUCAGUUGGAGGGGUCCCGAGUUCUCUGUUGCACCAGGCCGUGUCCUGCGACGCAACCGCUGUUGGUGUAGGUACACGCUUGGUGACCCCCCCCCUUCGGAACGGCACGAUUCCGCCUUCUCCUGCGCACGUGUGGAACCUGGCUCGAGGAUCACUGCAGGAUACCGAGGAGAAAUCCACCACUACAGGGCGGGCGUGCACCUCGAGAUGCAAUUCAGGUCGAGUCUCCUGUGCGACGACGCCCGCUAGACAUGAAACUCCGGCCGUCAUCGGGGGGCACGGAACGCAGGCCGAGCUGCGAUACCAGUCCCCUCGCCCUGGGGCCUAUUCUGCUCGUGCCCCCUCCCCCUCUCCAGACCACCGGGUUGCGUGCGCGGGCCUCGGCAUGCCCGCCCGCCUCUGCGUCCCAAGCCGACUCCUUCCUCGUGGAUACACUGGCGCAGCCCAUGCCAGCCAGGAGAACGCAGGUGAUUUCCAUUCCUUGUUCUCUCAACCCCGGAUCCAGGAGGACGUUCUGGCGCUCCUUCACGCGCAAGGGACUCCGUCCUCUCGACUUGCCUCGCUCCAUUCGCUCGCUCCUCUCUGCACGGCUAGGUACCGCCCGUCCACGUCUCCGUACAGCCAAGACGGAAGUCAAACAGAUCGCCCGCGCUCUGUGGCGGUGCCGCUCGGGGCCCUGGCGACGCCGCCCCCUCGACAUGCCCAGGCGUCGGUCAGCGCCAGGUGUCCUCCGGCUGGCGGCAAUGCGGCCGCGUGUGAGCGAACCGUUGGGUUGCUAACUGGCGUCCUGCAUUCCGCCGCCGCAGGCCCAGACCAAGCUGUGGGCCUCAGAGACGGUCCCUUCUCUCGGCGCCCGUGCCCUCCAGCAGGUUGCACGUUUGCGCUCGCGGCGCAGCUCGAGGCAGGCGAGAGGGAGGCGUGGCUGUCUUUCACGAGCUCGCCCCAGGGCCCGCUAGCAGGCAGCUUCGGGCCAGCGAGGGAGAGCACCGAGCCGCCCGGGCGUCGUCUGGAUGUCGAGAGCACGUGUCCACCUUCUUCGGCAGGCGUCGCGUCUUCCAACUUUGUCGGCUCUUCCCCGCCCGCGAGCCGAUUCUCAGCCCCGCAUCAACCACGGCGCGAAGGCGCCGUCAGCUUCCAGGGGAGCCUGAGCCCAUUCCUGGCGUGCUCCACUGGUCACUGUCCCCCCCCCUUCGAUGCCUCGAGCUCCGUCGGAAGCCGUGUCCGCCCUCGCGCAGGUGACGGCAGAGCGGUUGAGGUCCUGAACUCAGCAGCGGGGAGCGUGCAUCUUCCUUCGCUCCCUCUGUCCUUCUCGGCAUCCGCUGCCGACUGCGCGGCACCUCCUCCCGGGCCUCCCUCCUCUGAAGCGCGGAGCUCCAUGACGUCUCGCCUCUUGCCAACAGCGGCAGCGGGGUCGUCUCUUGCAGGUCAGGGCGCGCGAAAGCUCGAUGGAGGAGCGCAGCUCCGUAUUGCGGUCUCGCCGAUUCGCUCCGCGCGUCUGGCCAAAGGCGGCUCUGUGAUUCGGGACCACCCGCUUCUGUCGUACAGACAGACGCAUGCAGGCCCCGAGGACCUCAGCGCCCUGCACACCCGCGCCGCGAGAAUGCCCGCGGCCGCACGGAAUCUGGGAGGCUCAGAGCCUCGAGGCAGCAGAGUUCGGCCUGCAGAUCCCUCUAGAAUGCGCGCCCCUCCGAGCGAGUGGCGCCUCUCGCAGACGUCUGCGGGCGGGGCUCCGCGCGAGGCCAAACGCAACAUGGGAAGGAGCGCUGCGCAGAUCGCCAGUGCCGCUCCGGUAAAAGGCAGCGAAACGGACCGAAGCGCAUGCAGGAAAAAGGGCGCAGCGACGACAGGAUCUUCGGGGGCGGGGCGGGCGGAGACUCUGUCGCACAGCAGCGGGGCCCUGACGAGUCGUCAGUCCGAGGAAGUCGGCAAGCGAAGCAUGGGUCAGUACACACUGGGGGAGACAAUUGGCGAGGGCACAUUCGGGAAAGUGAAACUCGGCGUCCACGUCGCGACGCAGGAACAAGUCGCCAUAAAGAUUCUCGAAAAAAGCCGAAUCAAGGAGGCCGACGACGUGGAAAGAGUCGUGCGAGAAAUCCACAUCCUCCAGACCGUCAAACACCCGCACGUUGUGCGCCUUUUUGAGAUCAUCGAGACUCAGCAGCACCUCUACUUGAUUAUGGAGUACGCGUCGGGGGGCGAGCUGUACGACUAUAUUGUAAACCGGCAACGCGUUGAGGAGAUGGAGGCGUGCAAGUUCUUCCGUCAGAUUCUCUCGGGAGUAGAGCAGAUCCAUGUUCUGAAGAUAUGCCACAGAGAUUUGAAGCCUGAAAACAUUCUGCUCGACGCGGAUUUGAACAUCAAGAUCGUCGACUUCGGCCUCUCAAACACCUACACGGGACGCUCAACACUGAAGACCGCCUGUGGAUCUCCUUCGUAUGCAGCCCCGGAGAUGAUUGAGGGAAAAGACUACGAGCCCCUUGCUGUCGAUGUGUGGAGCUGUGGAGUCAUUCUUUUCGCCCUUCUCGCGGGCUACCUUCCCUUCGAAGAUCGCUCCACCGACGGGCUCUACAGGAAAAUCAUCAAGGGAGACUUCGAGUGCCCCGAGUGGGUCUCUGACCUCGCUCAGGAUCUUCUUCGCAGGUUGCUCGAGACUGACCCCACAAAGAGACUAAGACCUGAAUGCAUCAAGCGCCACCCCUGGUAUAACCUCGUGACAGAAAGCGGUGACGUCUCUUUCAGUAUCGGCGGCUCCACGUCGCUGCCUUCGUCUUUCGCGCCUGGAGAGAAGCAAAGCAUCGCAGGAAGCUCUCGAGAGGGCGCGCAGGCGAGACUCGCGCCGUUGGCUGCUACGCCUGUCGCCGCGUCCGGCUGUGGAGUCCCGUUCUGUGGCAGCUGUGCGCAGUGGAUCAACGAGAUCGACCCAGAGGCGCCGCUGGCCGCAUCCAUUCUCUGUCAUAUGGUGCGGAUGGGAUUGGAUGCGCGGAAAGCCGUCGAGUCGCUUCGCAAAGGCGAACGCACCUCCCUCACUGCUGCCUACUUCCUUCUCCUCGCUAAAGCCAGUCGCGGCUCCGGGCGCGCCUCUCUGCUGAACACCGGCGCGACAGGAAAUAUGGCGAACGCAGAACCUGUGGCUGCGCCGUUGGAUCGUGCUCUCCCCAUUCCUUGUCUGCCUAGAGCAGGCGCCUCGCGUAAGGCGCGCCGCGCGGCCGUCGCUCCUCCAGAGGCAUCGGCAAAUUCCGCGAUCUCCGCGCACUCCGCCGCUGCCGCCUGCUUUCCCGCGUCGUUCUGUCUGUCAGCCUCACCCCGCGGCACUGCAGCGGCACGUAACGUCGCCGCCGUUUCGCAGCAUUCUCGCGUCUCUGAAGCAGCUCCUUCGCUUGCAAAGGCACCAGCAGACGCGGCAGUCCUUUCGGAUCUGCGCCCACGGGUGUGCUGCGAGCCGGCGGGAGGAGAGGCCAGGCAAACAGAGACAGCCACGUCAGCCCUGCCGCCUCCUGCCCCCCCCGCAUGCCGCGUUCCUGCGGUUGGGUUCGAGGGCCUCGGUGUGGACACUCGCAGCGGCCGCGAAGAAAAGGAGACUGGGCGCGCUGCCGGCGAGACGGAGACCGCUGCACCUGUCGCCACAGAGCUGGCGCGCGCCUACGUCAACCAGCAAGAUGCUGCGAAGCUGCACGCCGGCGGAGGGGACGUGAAGCCGAGCGGCCUUACUGAGCGGGGACUCACAGAAGAUGAGUACGGCUUCCUCGACUCCCGCCAGCGCAGCAGCAUGUCCGAUAGCACUGUCGCUUCCUCGUCUGCUGGCGUCCCCCUUACCAUCGUCAGCAAGAAAGGACUUGGCGCAUCGGAGAGGCAAGGCUUCGCAGCUCCAAGUGCCGGGGUCUCCACGUCCUCUUCGGGGUCGCGCCCAGCGGCAGCAAGCAAGGCGUCCUCGAGAGGGCACUCUGCGAGGCCUGCAGGGUCGUCUGUCGGUCCGCCUUCGUCUGUGCCGCGUUGCGCCACAUUGCGGCGGCCGGCGGUGGGAUCCCCUCCCUCCUUGGCAGAGACUGGACUCGUCUCUGCCGGGCGACCCGCUCAGACUUCGGCGCGCCUGGGACCUCCAAGAGCGUCGGCGAACCGCGCGCGGCUCCACAAACUGCGCCUCGGAGAAAAAACGAUCCCCAUGCUGCCGCUGUCGGCGCGCGGCUGCGCGACCUACCGCGCCCCGUGCUCUGCUCGCCCGCGGCUCGCCGCCGAGGUCGGCUCGGCCGCGGAGCCAGCAGGCCGCACCCGGGCGCCGGCGCCUCUUUCGGGCUCCAAGGCCCUGUCAGCCGGUGCCGCGGCGCGCCCGACCGGCGCACCCAGCGCUCUGCCGCGAGUGCCGCUCACAGCCAGAGGCGGGCUCGCCCCUGCGAGAGACGCGGGAGGAUCCACGCGCGGGGCUGCGGCUGGCGCCGUGAUGUCGAGGAGAUUGGGCGCAGCACGAAGCGGCGCGACGGCUCUCGAUCUGCCGCAAGAGAGAGGAAAAGAAAGCGGGAAGACGGGCACUUUGGUGGCGACGCAGGAGGGAGGUGCAUCUGCUGAUGAAUCUGAAUCGCAAGGGUCCGCAAAGCGGUCCUUGCCGGAGACUGAAGCAACGGAAGUCGGGCGGAGUGCCCGCGUCCCUGCUCGUCCGCUGGGCGUCCCGACGCGCCGCGCCCUCACAGCCCGCGGUCGCCUCGCCUCGUCCGCAGUCACCACGGGCCUCACGCGCGCGAGAGCGGGGCUGGGCGAGCGGCUCGCCGACGGGCGCAGCGGCCUGUCCACAGCGCGUGGCGCGGCCCCCGGGAAAGCUGGCGGUUUGGAGACUGCCCGAGGCGAGAUAAAAGGGCGGCCGUCUCCUGCUUCCCCGGUGGAAACGGGCGUAGGUCGCCCUGUUUCGCAGCGGAGCGUCGUGGCUAGGCCCCUAACGGCUAGAGGAGGCUCGGUUUCCGCUGUUCCUCGCCCGGCGAAGCAGACUGGGGAGACACUGUCCACCCCGAUUGAAACGACUCGCAUACCCCCCGCCAGGCUCGGCAGUCUCACGUCGCGUCUCUGCGGCAGCAUUUCCUUCCGGCGGACGUCGCCGGAGAGCGCGUUGCCUGCGAGAGAAGGCGCGUCGAUUGCCCGCCCCACUCGCGCUUCUGCUCUGCGCGCAGUGGAUUCAUCGUUGAUUUCCAAGGUAAGUUCGACGGCGCGGGCCGCGCGGAGACAAACAGUCGUGUCUGAGGCUCUGCCUCCUGCUUGUCCUGAAAGCGGCAAUGUGCGACUGCGGGUGCCUCUGGGAUCGCGCGUAGAGGCGAGCGCCAGAGGAAAAGAUAGUGAGCUCGCGAAGGAGGAGGAGCCUGCGGCGUGCCCUCGAAGCGUGGCGAACACACGCGAUAGAGCAGAGGCCGAAAUUUUCGAAGAGGGAAGACGUCUUCAGUGUGAGAGCGCGCUUAAAAAAGCGGUUUCUGCAUGCGAAAGGAGUGAGGACGGAAGUGAAGCAUUCGCUGGUUGGGUAUCGCAGGGAGACUCUGGUCUGCGGGAUCUCCGCUCGUCAAAAGCGGAUGGGUUCACUUCCACGCGUGACUGCGCCGGAGCAGAUUACAUCCUCUCUGAGAAUCAGGGCAGCCACCCCCCCUGUGGUGGCUUGGCCAUCAGCAACGUCGAGCACGCCGGCGAUGCCCCGUUCCCGGGUCUGUCAGGCGACUACGCGUCCGGUUUCGAGCCAGUGCACAACCUUGAAUUGAGUUCCGCUCCGCCGGACGGUUCAUAUUCGUCCUCGAUAAAACGGUAUCCGCUGCGCCCGUCUGAGCACGGUCCUGCGGCUCGUGCCGGUCCGCAGGCGUCCUUCUGUGACGGCGCACGCCUCCUCGCCAAGCCUGCUGCGUUCGAUUCUUCUUCCCUCUUGUCUAUGCCCAAUCGCCUGCUCCCGGGUGACACCUGCGCCAACCAAGUGGCAUCGCCGCUGACUGUGUUUCAUCCGCUGAAGACCCUCCAGCCUUCGAGGUCACGCACCACCCCGUUCCCCGCCACGUCUGUCCACGUGUAG